AUGAGUAGAAGAGCCGGUAUCCAACUGGGAGCUCGACGUAAAGUCGAACCACAAACAACCCCUAAACCAGAGGACAAACAACCAGAUGCAACACCACCACACCCCUCUGGAGAAGCACCUGUCCCAGAACAUAGAGAAAGAAAAGCUUCAUUUCUUACUCGACCAAAAAAGGGAGUAAAUACAAAUGAAUCAGAAGAACAAGACCUUCACACGCAGCAACCCACUGAGAAGUCACAACAAAGAAAAGGGUUCCUUUCUAGAAGAAGCGAAACACAAAAUCAAACAAAUGAACAUGGUUCAACUACCUCACAUGAGGUUUCAGGUGAUGAAACAAAGAAUGAGCAAAAACAAAGUUCUUCUCAAACAAGUGAACCUACAGAAAAAGAAACUCAUAAAAAAAGACUUAGUUUCUUAGGAAGAAAAAGUUUUAGCAAAAGAAGUUCUACUGAAAAUACUGGGCAUAGUUCUUCGGAACAUUCAGGCACAUCUAGUUUAGCAUCAGAGACUACUGCAGAAGAAGUUAAUAGAUCAGUUAAUGCACAAAUUGAAGAGGAAAAUAAAAGGUUACAAAAUGAGAUUGAAGAAUUAAAAAAGAAAUGUGAUGCACAAGAUUCAUUACUUAAAACAAAAAUGAAAAGUGAAAUAGAAGCUAAAAAGAAACUUGAGAUUUUAGAAAAUGAAAAGAAAGAUUUGAUUGAUAAGAUGGCUAAUGGAAGUGAUGGAAUGAAUAAAUUAAAUAAUGAACUAAUUCAAAUUAAAAGCGAAAAAGAAAGUCUCAGUAAUGAACUGACACAACUUAAAAGUGAUAAUGAACAAAAAGAAACAGAGUUGAAUCAGGUUAAACAAGAAAAAGAGGAGGUACUAGA